AUGUAUCUCUCAGGAUUUGCCACAUUUCUCCUCGCAGUUGCACCACUAGUACUGAGCAGCCCACUUCUGCCGCGAGAAGACGAACGACUAGACGAAGCAGUUUUCCUCACGACCUGCUUCAAGUAUAUGAAAAGCAACGACGCCACACCAAACGGCCGAGACGACAAACUCUGGUACUUCAAAAAUUACGACGAUUCUAUCAAAGGACAGCAAUUCGACGAAGCGUACGCCUCCAACCCCGGCGACCCAAACCAUCCCGUAGACUGGACUUCGGGUACAGAAAGAAAUCCCAUCACCGGCACACUUGACAAAAAGCCGUUCAAAGUUUGGGGACUCACGGAAAUGGGAGAUGGCAAGACGUUCGUUACUGGAUAUGCUGAUUUGGGAGGCGCGCCCAUGCGCUGCUACAACAACUCUGCCUCGCACUGGAAACAGGAUUACGGAGAAAAAAUGUAUGUCAAAUGUAGUGCGAAAUACUACUGCACGAGAAAUUCGCGACAGGUUCGUCGCACGAUUGUGACGACUUCUAGUACGAUGCAAAGUAUUCCGUUUUUGGGGCAACAGAAUUACGAUGUCGAGAAUGAUCACGGAGUGCAGGAACAGGUUAAAAAUGCUUUUUUGUGGUUGAAGGACCAUUAUAAGAGUAAUGCUGCUGAUGGGGAAGGAUAUAAAAUCGGGAGUAAAGAUUACAAAAUGACAUAUGCAGUGAAUCGGAUGGAGAAAGAGGGAGAUCCGUAUUAUGAAGCUGAUCGGAUCAAUCAAGUUGCGGAUUUGGUGGUGGAGAGAGUGUUUCCUGAGUUAUGGGCCAAGGAUAGCAUCAGUGAUGAAAGGGCAUGGCCUUCCGGAAGCAAAAUCCUCGCAGAAGCUACACAUACGCUUCCCUUCCCAAAACAAAUCAAAGUCCAAGUGCAAGUUGCGGAACAGGCCAUGCUGGAUUGGGAGGAUAGAGAUACCGUUGUUUUUACCGUGGAAAAGGGGAAUGAAUGUAAAGUCGACAGCGUGCUCAGUCUUGCAAUCAAAGGUGCGUUUAAAGCUGUUUCGGCUGCAACGACAGGUGGUGUGAGCGCAGUUGCUAAUGGAUUGGGGCUUGUUGUUGGGGAAUUGGCUGCGGGUGCUUGUUAG